UUGCAUUCGGGUGUGCCUGCCAAGUUUAGAUUAGGGGAGACCGGGGCUUGUUGUCACACUUUUUACACUCUUAUAUAUCACUUGUAAUCAAUACAUCGUAUGUAAACAAAAUGUGUACCAGAUGAAAGACCAAAGUCUCACGUAUAUAUUUCAUAUUCACGUCAUUUUCAUAUCUUGUGUCAGUGCAGAGUUAUAAGUAAUCAAAUAGAGAGUCUGAACAUGUGACAUGUUACCCCACCUUUGGGUAAGUUGUCUCACUACAUGGGGUAAGAUGUCACAGUGGAUUUUGUAGCUACUAAAACAAGGACGAAAUUAUAGUUGUUCUCAUUUUUUUUACUUCAAAGUGAACAUCAAAGUCAGGCACAGAAAAUGUUUAUCGAUGAGCUGGAAAAAGUCUUUGAACAAACGUUAACAUAAAAUAUAAUAUAGCAUGCUCUGGAGUUUGGAGAGCUGUCUGACUCUGUAUUUAGGCUGGGGUGAAUGUUUUGCAGUACUGAGCCAAGGUAUGGUAGUUGACAUUAAAGUCCUUUAUUGUCCUCCAGAUUGAUUUAUUAGCUAGGGUCACCUGUCUGACUGCCCUCAACAUCCUGUCAGGUACUACACCGUCACGUUCAGUUUUUCUUUUGUAAUUCCUGACCAUGUUUUCUCACUUUCUCCUCUCCUUUAAACCACUCUUUUUUCUGUAAAAGUAAUAUGAUAAUAUGAAUAAUAUAAAAUUUCAAUAUGACAACUGCUGAUAAGAAGACUCUCUAUGUUGAUUUUUAUCCCUUUUGAACAUGUGACAACUAACCCCAAGAUGACUGAGACAUGUCGCCCCAAACUACCAUGUUUGCUAAUUCUAGCUCUAGCUUAAAGUUAGUUUAAAACAGAACAAUGACUGAGGUAUGACAGGACGCCUUAAUCUGUCCUCUAACAAGUCCACACGUAUCACUGCUAGGAUUUUUAUCUGGAAAAAGCUUAUUUUAAAAAAAUAUAGGGUUACAUUUUUUUACUUUGGGUUGUGCGAAAUGCUUAACUGGCGCUCAUCUCAGCUCACAAUGUGCUCUUCUCUUCUCAGACAGGACACGACCCCUGACCAUGUAAAGGAAGAAAACUAGAAUUCCACUUUUUAGUUGCGCCCUCUGGUGGCAAAGAUAAUUGCAAUGUGACUACUUACUCAUGUGACAACAAGCUCUGGUCUCCCCUAUUUCCAAGUCUUUCAGCUUUCUCUUAAAAAAAUUAAAUGAGAUUGGCUCAUUUCACAGACACAUGACUACUUUAAAAGCUCUCGCUCUCCCCCGCCUCCCUGCCCUGGCUCCAUGUGGAUGACAAUAAUAUUUGGAUGGGGGGCCGGGGCGCCUCCUCCAGUGGCCCAUGAUUCCUAGCAGCGUCCCUUGUGGAGGUAAGGCUUACACAGACAUCUUUCCAUUGGAGGCUUAGCACGUCACAAUGAGGGCGGACAGUGGUGUGGUCCACACAGCCUGUGUCACGAGAGACUGAGGGUGCCGCCUAAAGCGUGGAGACUUAUUGGAUACGUGUUGUUGCUAGGGGCGUGGGCUGUGCUGUUAAAUAAUCCAAUUUCCCCCCCAAACCUGAGAAAAUAAAGAUAAAAUUCAGGAAGACGACAGUGGUUGUAGCUGUGGCAGAUGCGCUGAGGGAGAGAGCGUCCAGUUUCAACCUGAGGGAAAGUGUGCCGCAGUGGCAUAAUCUGAUAAUCCAUCAUGCUGUGAGGGGAAUAAAAUGCACGUGAGGAUGGCUAAAGAAAGGAGGCGUGAAGACGAGCUGAGGUCGCCCUUAUUAAUGGGACUUAACCACAUUUCAACCCGGAACACCUGCAAUUGAUUUGCAUGAACCGGAUCCCGGCUCGGUGCAUGUUUACAUGGAUGACAGCUGCGCACUCCGUCCCGUGACGUGUCUUUGGGGGGGAUUAGCGCGUGGCACUGCCUAAACAUCACGGCCUGUAGUGAUAUAUAUCAGAGGAAAGAUGCUUUUUGUAUAGAGGGGGACUUAUGCAAUGUGGAGGAAAGUGUUUACGUGAGCUUAUAGAGGAUGACAUCAGGCGCGAGUUGAGUCGUAUUGCAGCAAGGUGCACCGGCGCGUGAGGUGGCACGGAGCAUUGCACGCAUCCUCCUCCGACUUGGACGUUUUUUUUGCGGGGAUGCUCUGUAUCCUAAACAAACACGAGGCGUAUAAGGCCAUACGUCCCGAGCUGGGAAACUGCGUCACUGCAUGCGCGAGCUGCAGGUAGGCAGCAAACUCUCCCACCAGCGGGGAGGCGCGUGCUCAUCCUCCUCCCUUGCACCAUGACGCCGGUGUGAGUGUUUAACAAGUUCGCAGGGAUGGAUUCGGCGGAAGAGUCGAGAAAAGAGCCGCCGCUGGGGUCUACGUUCUCUUCAGCGCCGAAUUUAGACUCGGACAUUAAUGCGAAUGCCCGCCGCAGUGCUGUUUAUGAGAACGGGACCGACCACAAUGUCAACAUCCAGAAUGAAGCCCUGCGAGGGGCGAGUGACCCCAGCGCCUACCCGUCCACGGACUACCAGGGGCUCAUCCGCCAGAGGUUCAUCCGCCGGAGUCUCUGGGUGUCAGACUCCGAGGAACAGCCGCUCGACACGGCGGAGUGUGUCAACAGCAGCCCGGUGCUUAACAUCGACCUGCGGACCAUCGUGGACCGCAGUCGGACCCGGGUUUUACACGGAGCCCGUCUCGGCCUCCAGGAGACCUCGAGCGCUGAGAGUCAGGUGGGGUUAAAGGACAACGCCACGGGGAGCGCGAGCACCGACGAGGAGAAAGGGGAGAGGAGAGAGAGCGAGCCCAAGGCAGAGGUCGUGCCCUCAGACGUCACAGGUAAAGCAGGAAGUGAUGAGAACGAAGAGGAGCCCGGGAUGAAGGCGGUGUCCACCUCACCUGGGGGACGCUUCCUCAAGUUUGACAUUGAGCUGGGGAGGGGGUCCUUCAAGACGGUCUACAAAGGUCUGGACACCGACACCUGGGUCGAAGUGGCGUGGUGUGAACUCCAGGUGGGUUUACACAGUCAACAACUGGCCAAUGGUUUCCAUGGCAAUAAGUGAAGUUGUUCUCUCAGAACAGUAAUGGCUGCCUUAAAAGUUAGUGGUCAGCUCUAUUCACAGGUGGGUCUUUUAGGGUGUGUUAAUUUUCUCAUAAAACAAAAUCUACAAUUUAUCCACCAUCUGCUAUUCAUUCAUUUUCUAAUGGUGGGGGAGAGUGGGGUAAGUUGAGCCACCCCCUGUUGCUUGGAAAUGAUCAUGUGACCAAAUAUUUAGGAGAUGGGCAUCAAUUCAUGGAGUCUGUGAAGGUUAGAAACACAUGGGUGAAGGGGUUAGACAUUUAUUUCCCAAUUUAAAAAAAACAAUUUUAACUCUUGAAAGUGAAUUUAGUCUGUCAUAAGUUUUAUUAGAAUUGUGUUCAGACCAAAAAAGAUCAUUUUAAAUUUGUUUUAUACAUCAAUUGUGGUAUCUAUGAGCUACAACAUACCUAACACAAAAGUCCACCAUUUUAGCGUAGAGGACUAAUAAAGUCAUAAUACUAGUUCUGGGGUAAGUUGAGCCAGUGGACCAACUGAGAAAGUAAAGAAGUCUGAUGAGAGGAUCAGGGUUUCAGUUCAGAUUGUUGAAAUUUGUUACUUUUUCUUUUCAAAAAUACAGCUGUGAGUGUUCUGAAUCACUUAAAGACAUUCUCAUGUUAAAAUAGCUUUUUUACAAAACAGCUUUUUAGCAGUUAUAUGCAAUAAUAAUAGCGUAUAAUAGCUAAAAAUACACAUGAAUGUGAAGAAGUGACUGUUAUUUAGGGAGAGAGAAGGUGGGGGAGGGCUGGGGUGGAGAGUUGGGGGGAUAGUAGGGACACCGCUCAACUUACCCUGCUCCUAUGGUCAACUUACCCCAAACACGGGGUAAGUUGACCAUAGGAGACCACUUUUUUUGGAAUGCAAUAUUAUCAAGACAGUUAUGUUUACACUCAUUGUGUUGGUUUGCAGGGAUGCACGACAUCUUGAAAUAUAUGCAGAUACAAAAGUUAGAGACAAAACUAUGACUGCCUUGAUGAUGAAAUAUGAAAAAUGGCUCAUCUUACCCCACUCUCCCCUAUAGGCUGCCUUAAAAGUUAGUGGUCAGACGUAGGCCUAUAGGACGCUAUACCCACACACUCUGUUGGUGCCAGAGACGCCCAGGGCCCAGGUAGACCUGCAAUUGUUAUGGGACAUACAAAGCACUUCAGCGCAAAGUAGUCUCAUCAUCCAACCAUGAAUAUGUAUAGUUGAUAAAUUGCUCAUGAAGUGUCACUUCUGAUAGAUGUAUUAUUAAAGCUAAAUGUUGUCUUUUGUCUUUCCCCUCUGACUAGACACAGUUACUUAUCACUGGCUAAACUGAUCAGCCAGUCAGUAGUUAUGGGCAUUAAUAUGUCCUACGUUCUUAGUAAGUUUUUUGUUAAAGAAGAGCAAUAAUGUUUUUAGUCCUAUUCUUUUCUUAUUUCUUUUAAUGAACUUAUAAAUAUCUAUUCUCUCUGAUGAAGCCAAUGAAAAAAACAUUAAGCUGAUGAGGAGGACUGUUCAGUGUUGUCACAGGGCAAAAUGUAAGGCGGGCAUUCUUGGAGCUCAAUAUUUAUUGUCAGCGGUCACAUUGAACCAGCUCUCCCUCUCAAUUCUCCAGCCAUCAAUAAGAUGUCUACAUUCUCUUUUUCCUCUGACUUUCUCAAAUUUUAGUUCAUUUGGAGUCACUUUGCUCUCUUUAACAGCGUGCAGGCCUUUCGCAUGCUGUCAGCAGAUGAACAGUGGAUGGUGUAAUCUCUCAGAAGUUUAUAUGGGACUUAUUCAAACAUACAGCUUUAUAGCGGUAACAGCUUACUGUGUAUCUAAUAUCUAACUGUGUAUGUAGUAAUCUUAUAAUCAGUUUGGAUAAGAACAGAUUGAUGUAGAGAGAUCUGUAUCAAGGAGUUGCCAGUGUUCGUAUUUAAAACACUAAACAAUAUACUAGAGAAGUAUGCGCUUAUUCUGGGUUCCCAAAUAAAACAUUGCCACAGUCACAUGGUUAAAAAAACACAAAGGCUUUAUUAAGCAGUGAAUGUUUGGACCCAACUUUGUCCUGUCUGCAUCAAUGUACUGGCUGCCUCGUCAACGUAACAUAGUUCAGGCUCGGUCAUUGCUUCAGUAUCAUGAGAACUUUUGAAUUAUAUAAGUUUUGACAACAGGAAGAACAUUUGUGACCACUAGGCACAGCCAGCAUGCAGCAAGGUUUUUAAAGAUUCAUUUUAGUUUCAGCAUGAAUAGAGAUGCUGCUUUUUUUUCUGUCGUCACGCUCUUGCAGCAUUCGUGUUUACUCUGUCAGUCCCAAGGGAAAGAGUAACAAAAAUUACAGCCUGACUCAAUCAGGCCCAGACACUGAAAUAAAUCACUAUAACACUUUACUUAUCUCACAGCUCUUGUUGGCAACAGCUCAUGUAUAGAUUUCAAUCAGCAAAGGAUGGAAGUGAAGUCUGGUUUGCAAAUGUUAGCACAAUAAUAUACAUGUAAUGGGGCUUGUUUGGUUGCGAAGCUUUAAUCAAUCUUUUUCAGGAAUGAACAAAAGUGAGCCCUCAGUCGAUUUUGCACAAGGUAGCUGUCUCCUGGUUACGUCUCAUGAAUCAGCCUCAGUUUGCCGCAAGUUUAACGACCAGAAACUGUCCUGAUAUUUCAAAACUCUUCCAGAUGCUUAAAUGAAAUCAUCCAUGAAUAUGCAGAAGGCAAGCCUAUGUUCGGUGUUUUAUAAUCGUUACAGCAAGUGUAAAUGUGUGUGCGGUUGAAAAAGAGACAUGGUGAUGAUUCAACCGUUCAGUCCCUGGAGGUGAGGCCUUGCCCUUCAGAGCUUUUGUGUCUGUGUGCCUCGCUCAAAGAAAGCCACUGUAACUCAAACAGAGUGUUUGUGUGUGUGUGUGUGUGUGUGUGUGUGUGUGUGUGUGUGUGUGUGUGUGUGUGUGUGUGUGUGUGUGUGUGUGUGUGUGUGUGUGUGUGAGAUUGGGGGGAGGACUAAGCAUGAGACACCAGAAAACAUAGAUGCUAACAGAGUCCUAGAAUCAGAUUUAAGAGAUGCUAGUGUCUGGUGUCGAGCAAACCAGACUGCUCAUCUUGUUACUUAUUCAUCCACUAAACGAUGAUCAAACAUCUGCUGAGCGAGUAGUUUACCAGAGAUAAGCUAAUUCUGCUACAUGAUUCAGUAAAAUACCAAAAUCCUUUACUGCUGUGAGAUCUCAUUUCAAUGUCUGACAUCAUUAUUUAUCUUGUUUGAUUGCUCGGAAAUGAGUCUAAAUGUGGAUUUAAAGCUGUGAAGAUUUAACACAAUGAUGUAUUUUUGAGAGUGAAUCCUGCUGAUGCAGCCCUCUGCACCAACACAGCAAGGCGAGAGGAGAGAGAGGCGAGAGGGAAAGGUUCACUUCAGGACACAGUGUAAGACGCUGAGUGUCUAAUACCCGGCACAAUAAGAGCUGUAUGUUAAAUUGUGUCCUCACUCUUCACACACAAUCGGAUAAAUGAGGUAAUGCUGCUUGUGCAAUUUUAAGUUUUUGCGCAAAAUUAUCUCAAAGGCCAUCAGUUAACGUUUCGUGCCACACCCUGCCUACAUCCUCCCUCUGCAAAGACUUAUCAGUAAUCCAUUAAGUAAGACUCGACUAAGAAUUAAAACAGUCUGUUCAAUAGAGGUUUUUAUUGAGAGUCAGCUUUACGAAUGCAGUUACAGCUGGACUUGUAUCCUUCAAGAUUUAUCAGACUGUGCACUGCAUAGGUGGCCAUGAGCUAUGAAUGAAAUCUGAUUCUCAGGCAUCAGUCAAUAAUCCCUGCUGAGAGAUGUACUGUAGAUUAUUACGGAUGAUUUCGGACAAAUACUGCGUUCACCCUGAUCAUUACAGAUUAAAUGUGUGUAUUCGGACAACAGCAGAGCAAAUCUGGAGGUCGUGCAGCAUUUGUCGUGGCCGAGGCGGUCUGCUCGUAUCUGCCAUGCUGACUGGAGAGAAACAGAAAUGUAGAGGAUGUUUCGUUGUCAGCUCUUUCACUAUUUAUACAACAGUUCAGGGGAGGCAGGGGCCAUAAUAUUGAUUGAGUAUACAUAGAUUCACUCAGGCUUGCACACCCAAAGAUGUACCAUUUGAACUCUGGAGAAAUGUGUACAGUAAAUUUGUUGUAGAUAUGUAGGUUUUUUUUUCAUGCUCUGACCUCAUAAGCUCUGACAACAGCACACUUACACAUCAGAGCUGUACUUGAAUCUUUGUUUUGUCUGAGUCCAGAUCACGACACAAGAUGAUACAAGGAUUAUAUUUAAUCAAACUAUGUAGUCCAGAUUCCCCUGGUAGUUGUAAGUGCUUCAGUGCUGCGUGUUUUAGACACAGUUGUGAUAUAAAGAUAGUUCAGACCCCCAUGUUUACCCACCAGAAAUGCCAUGUUUGUGUUCACUUCACAGAUGAGCCAGGUCAGUUCUGACUGAGCUUCACUCCUGAUUGAAAACCAGGAAGCUGAACAUGUAUUAUACAGCUUCUGUUGCCGCUUAAUUCCAAUAAAACAUCGACUGAUAGCCCCUUUCCCUCCACAGCCCACCCAAAGUUGUUAAAUCUGGAUGAAAUUGAUCACUGCCGCAGUGUCUCCUCCGAUAAGGCUCCUGCAUAAUGAAGAAAUAAUGAGUGGAUGACCUUGGAAGUCAUUAUUUCUCAUCUUGGAGAACUGAUUGUCUUCUUCAUUUACCCCAGGAACGAAAACUUUCCAAAGCUGAGAGACAGAGGUUCAAAGAGGAGGCAGAGAUGUUGAAAGCGCUGCAGCACCCCAACAUUGUGCGGUUCUACGACUUCUGGGAGUCACCUGUGAAAGGAAAGAAGUGUAUUGUACUGGUGACGGAGCUAAUGACCUCAGGGACGCUAAAAACGUGAGUCAGUACGAAUUUUAUUUUUUUCUGGGGUUAUCUUUCCUGGCAAGGUUUUGACCGCUUGGUUUGCUAAAAGGUCAAAGACAGUAAUAGCCAUUAGACUGACUACAUCAUGGGUAUCCAGUUUCACACCAAUUGACUCACAUAAUUGCAAGUAAAUGAAAUGCUGUGUGGAACCUGAAGCUCAAAUAUGUUAUUCAUUAAACAAGAAAUUUAUUUUUACUUGCGCCUUUUUCUCCCCCUGAAACUUCAUUAUUUGAGAAAAAUAAAUAAUCCAACAUCAGACUGGCUAAAGAAAGAAAAAAACCUCUCAAGCAGCCAGUUUGAGGAGAUUAGUUUGCGAGUAGAAGAGUCAUUGGGGAUUCAUAUUGACUGUGUGUUUGCAGCCUAAUUAAGCAACAACAUUUCAACAGACUAACAGCUCAUUGGAAAGUCUGGGAGAGAGCAGAUCUUAAUUGCUAGUUUGUCUUUUUUCUUUAAAGGUGUUUUUAAAAAAGAGUAUAGCUACCCGGUGACAACCGACACGUCUCCUCUGUGGUGUUUUUUUCUCCCUAUAGCUAUCUGAAGCGCUUUAAGGUGAUGAAGCCCAAAGUUCUCAGGAGCUGGUGCAGACAGAUCCUCAAAGGCCUCCAUUUCCUCCACACAAGGGCUCCUCCCAUCAUCCACAGAGACCUCAAGUGUGACAACAUCUUCAUCACUGGUCCUACAGGCUCAGUGAAGAUAGGAGACCUGGGCCUAGCAACGCUGAAGAGGGCCUCCUUUGCUAAAAGUGUUAUUGGUUAGUCAACAGCCCAAGAACUCACAUUAUUUUUUAGAUUUAAUGACCCACCAUACUAUAAUACCUCUAGGGCACUUGGUAAAAGUGGUAACAAGUAUUCAAACAGCACUGACAUAUGUUUUUUUUUAUAGGUUAACAUAGGAAAAAAAGUUACAUGUAUAUACAGAACAACAAAUAAUUAUUUAUUCCUAUGUUAUUUCUUUGUAACGUGAUCUAUCAGAGUCAAAGAUGUACUCUUCUUUUAUGAGUUUUAACUCUCGCUGGAAUGUCUCCCCAUCAAAGUCAGUAAUGACUUUAUCUAAAUCUUAUCUUUGAUAGUUUUCAAGCAGAGAAACUCGGUUUAUCUUCGACCAUCAAAAGCCUAUUUUAACACAGUUUAGUGGACUGUCCUGUCAGUCUGUUAAAUUUCUACAGACUAUCCAAAAGCUUUAUUUCUCUAUGCUCUUAUCCAUCAAUUAGGUGAUGGAGGGAUUAUUGGUUCCAUGAUUUAGCAUCUUCGUUGAAUUUCAUCCUCGACACUGGUAUCGAUCCAGCUGAAAUAGGACAAAGAACUGCAAACUAAAUCCGAGAAUCUAAUUUAUCUCCCUCUCUUACAUUUCAUUCUGCAGGCACUCCCGAGUUCAUGGCCCCGGAGAUGUACGAGGAACACUAUGAUGAGGCUGUGGAUGUCUACGCCUUUGGGAUGUGCAUGCUGGAGAUGGCCACCUCAGAGUACCCCUACUCUGAAUGUCAAAACGCAGCUCAGAUCUACCGCAAAGUCACCAGUGUGAGUCCACAUUCAGAGAUGGUCAUACCUCCAAGUGCCAUCUCAACUGUCACAGUUUGAGUGGGGGAUUGGGAAAUAGACUUGAGUUGCCAGAUAAUCAUAUACUUUAAAAUAAAUAAUCUAUAAUAAUAGAUAAAAUAAAUAAAAAAUAUAUAUAUACUUUAAAAUAAAUGUUGCCAAGCAGUAUUUCAAGUCCUCCAAUCUUAUACUUUGUCUAAAAAAGAGACGUUUACAAUCAACAGAUGGAAAAUUAGGAUAAGAUGUUCCUUUAAUCGUCCCACAGGGGGAAAUUCAAAAUUUACAGCAGCAUACAGACAAACAAAGAGAAAUUAAAGUACAAAGAAACUUAAAGUUAAGUUAAGGAAAAAGAAAAGAUAUGUACGAGUCAUAUUUACAUAUGUACAGAAUAUAAAUAAUGAUAUGGUUUAUUGCGUGCUGAGGUUUCUGUUGUGGAGUCUGACGGCUGCAGGAAGGAAUACCCUGCGAUACCUCUCCGUCACACACUUCAGGUGGAGCAUCCAAUAACAAAUUAAAGUUAUAUAUACUUUUGUAGAAACUUUAAAGUUCUUCUCUUUUAUUCUGUAGCAGCAAAUGUGGUUACAAAGUGACGUUAAUGAGAUAUCACUAAAUGUCGUCGCCAUUUGGGAUAAUACAAAGCAACUAAUUGUCAUUUAAAUAGGCAUUUAAAUUCAGGCUAAUGGUCUAGUAUAAAGGUAACAGUUUCUUUAACACGGAGUCUGUGGAUCAAUAAUUUCAAACGUGAGCUAGCACUUGCAGAGCUAGCAGUACCAGCCUUCCUUGCAGGUUAAGAUCCUCUAUGCAUCGCUCCAUCAUCUGUCUUAUUACCACUGAACUGUACUGCUCAACUAUGAGAUACCAUCAGUGUUUGCUCACAUCCAGCCAGCCGAGCAUCGUCGAAUUAUGCCAGUAAUAUAAACUGUAGCUACAACUGUGGUGGCAGAUGGUUGCGCUACAGCUUUGCCACAUCAUGAGAUUGCAUUUUGGGCCUUAAUGAUAAAAAAUAUUGAUAACCCUUCCAUCUGAUUGGUACUUUUUGGUCUUAUGUUACAGCUAAGUUUUUCCUGUUAUUUGUCUUAUUCUUUGUGCAGUCAUAUGUUGGGUAUUUAUUGUAAUAAUGACAUAGCAAAUUAUCAUAUAAACAGUUUUGCGAACAGUCUGAUCGAUGAAUUUAUUUUUUCACAUAACUUUAGUCCUCUUGUGUCUAGAAGUAAAUGUGUUUCGGUCUGUCUGUCUGUGACAUUUUUGCUUUUGCAGACUGUACCCUCUUCCUCUUUGUCAGAAGUACUGCUUUACCAAGUGUGUCUUUUGGAGAGCUGUGACAUGUUGUUGGUUUGUUUUGCAGGGGGUGAAACCUGCCAGCUACAGCAAAGUCAGUGACCCAGAAAUUAAGGAAAUAAUCGGGGAAUGUAUUUGUCACAGAUGGGAGGAAAGGUAAAUGGACCGGGAUCUUUGACAGUGUCUUGUGGUUUGUGACAGAGCUUGUUUGUCAGCACAGGUUCACCCUUUUCUCUGAACUGUGUUGUUUUGCUUUUGUCACUGUGCUGUGACGUUGGCACCAGUAUUAUGCUCUGGCAUGGCUGAUGUUUCUGUGGGUUUGGAUUUUACUGUCACAGUGACCUUUCAUGCUGGCUAGUACAGUAACUCAGGUUUGUGUGUUUCCUGCAGGUACUCCAUCAAAGACCUCCUGAAUCAUGCAUUCUUUGCUGAGGAUACAGGCGUGAGGGUGGAGCUCAAUGAGGAAGACGAUGGGAAGAAAGCCUCCAUUGCUCUUAAGUUGUGGGUAGAAGAUCCUAAAAAGCUAAAGGGGAAGUACAAAGACACUGGAGCUAUUGAGUUCACCUUUGACUUGGUGAAUGAGGUCCCAGAGGUGGUUGCUCAGGAAAUGGUAAGAAAAAAAUCUGGAUCACUAAAAGAAUCCCAAUAUUUUGUAAAUAUAAAUGUUUCCUUUUGAGUUUUGCUUUCAGUGUUUCUAGCCAAACGGCACUUAAGUGCCACAGGCUGGCUCCAGCUGUUGUCAAGAUCUCUGUCUUGGGAAAUAUUCAUUUUCGAUCUGCUCACAGGUGUAUGAUAAACCCGAUGACACUUCAAACUUGUCCCAAUUCACUGCAGGAGGAGAACUAAGCAGCAAGUAACCAUAGCAACAAGGCUUCUGCCUUGUGCUCCAGUCGUCUCCUGUGAAACUGUCGAGAGGAAAACUUAAAGUAUAAAGAAAAUAAAGGAUGGUGUCAGAGAUUUAAUACACCGGGUUCCCUUUGAUAGUGAUCAGAAAAUAAGCUGACAUACCUGUAGUACUGUUUCCUGUUAUUUUAUUGUGUUUUUAUUGUGUUUAAGCGAAGCUAGAAAAAGUAGCGAAUCAGGUUUAUUUUCUCUCAGAUGAUGAGACGCCUUAAUGAAAGCAAGUAGCUCCAACCUUCCACUGGAAACUACCACGCCCUAAAUACUGAGUAAAUAUGUACUUUGAUCCUUGCUAUGACUGUAAUGGUUGAGCUGUGUAAAACUCAUACUCUACAUUUGUCAUAAAGACAUAAGUUAUGGAGAUAAAAACUUUUUUUGGGCUAUACAGUACGGCACUUUGCAGCUGCUGUGAAGAACUUUUGGUUUUUGCUGAAUCAGAAAAUUCAAUCUAAAGAAGUGGCCAUUUCUUGUUGCUAUGUAGGUCAUGAAGAGGCAUCAGAAGAAGAGUGACACUACAUCAGAAACUGUUCAAACUCCUCAUAGUGGCUUGAAAUAAUAUUUUCUUUUCCUGUUUUCUAAUGUCAGUGGUGUUGACUGUAGAGACUCUUUGGUUUGGAAAAUGUCAACAAAGGCUGUUUUAGCAGGAGAGCUGUAACUUCUUUACUCUGACAUGAUAGAUCAGUACAUGGAGAUGAUCGGUUUUGUAGCUGAUGGUCUUGUUUGCUGCUUUUGGUCAUGUAAAGGCAUCAAUGAUAAUGUCAUUCAUUUAUUACCAGCUCUAAACUUCUAACUGAAGUUUUAUCGUUGAGGUCUAUGGGGGAUUUCUCACCUCUGGAGUCAAUCUCAUCUGACCAUUCCAGGAACUUUUUUACAGCCUCAGACUGCAGUUUGGUUAUUACUAGGGGUGUCCUGAUACAACCUUUUCACUUUUGAUACAAUAUUGAUAUUGGAGUCUUCAGUAUUGGCCGAUAUUGAUCCAAUAUUGGCACAGACUUGCGCUGAGUUUUUCACUCAGCUGCAACGUCUUUUUCAGACUUAAACAUGAAAGACUGCCAGACAGGCAACAUCACUCCUACUUCUUGUUACUUUGUUAGUACCUAAGUACACACUGUUGUUGUGAUUAUGUGGGCUGUACAUGCUGGAUCAGGGCGCUGCUAGAUAGAGGUGCUGGAGCAGAGUCUGGAAUGGACGGCUUGUAUCAGAGUGCUGAUAUUGGAGUUUAGAUGCAGGCCGAUAUAAUACGAUAUUCAUUUUUUGUGCUGAUAUUCUAUAUCCGAUAUCGGGACAUCCCUCUGUACAGUAUCAUUAUGCUGCGUAAGUUAUGUGGAGUUGAUUUGCUAAAGUAAAGCCAUCUUUUGUGUGGAGGUCAGCCUCAUGACCCUUUAAUUAGGUGUAAUGUAACAGGAAGCUGGUCAGUGGUCAUGUCACUAAUGAUAUAUUUGAGGCAUUAACUGUAUUGAUUGAAACAAGAGUAACUGAUCAGUUGAUCUCAGACAGAGUCUUAGGACAGCUCUUUAUGGUUCAGGGAAAGCAAAAAUGAAAAUGUAUUGAUUCUUUGACACUGGAUUUGUUGAUAAAAACUGUGACUUAUCUCUGUCUUUUAGGUGGAGUCAGGUUUUUUCCUGGACUGCGAUGUUAAGAUAGUUGGGAAAUCCAUACGGGAUCGUGUGGCACUCAUCAAAUGGAGGAGGGAGCGCACCGUCUCGUCAGGAAAUGGAGAGUCAGCUCCCAAGAAGACGCAGCAGAACCUACUGCAGGUGCCCAGUUCAGGUGUACCAGAGCCCUCCACGUUAUCCUCAACGGACUACGAGGACCAAGAGCUUGAGCAGCAGACCCUGAUCUGCACCAUGCCAGGCACCACGUCUACCACAUGUGAGAAGAUGCAGCUAGAAGCACAUAUAAAUGAUUUAACCUUAGUCUCUGGUAAAGAUCUGGGCGAGCAGUGAUUAAAAAUGUUCAAAGUGAGGUUUGUGAAUCGAGGUGUAAGUGUCUGAGCUAAAACGAGACAUCACAAAGCCUCUACAUUUGAAUCUGAUGCUUCUCCUCUUCUUCCCCUUCCCCGUGAAUCACAGCAAAUAAUAAUUUCCCAUUCAUCUUCUUGUUACAGCUGACAGUGGAGUGAGCUCUGCAAUGCAAUUAGAUGAUCUCAACAAUCAGCAAAAUGGCACCUACCAGUCCCUUCCAGAGCCCAUUUCCUCAGCUCAGAUGAUCUACAGUCCUCCUGCACAGGCAGACCCUCAGCUGCACCAGGUGCCCUACCAGCAACCCACAGCACAGGCUCCCCAGGAAAACUACACACAUCUAUCCGCUCAGUUACACCAGGGGGCCUACCAGCAAACCACAGGUCACCUGCAUCCUGGGGCCUAUCAACAACCUACAUCCCAACUGCACCAGGGGCCUUUCCAGUCUCAAACAGUGAGUAAAACCUGUUUUUGUUGUUGUUUAUAUUCUUCGUUUUUUCUUUUUGCUUUCUAGAAUAACUUUUUUCUUACUCAAAUCUCUCCAGCGUCACAACAGUGAGCCCUUUGAACACCGUGACAUCCAGCUUAUAUCUGAGUGCAGAGUUUGUUUUAGGCGUGGGAGCUCUUUGCUGGUUGAAAUCUUACACUGUAGGAGACACUCCCUCAAUAAGACAACCAACCAAAACCUGAAUCUGUGUCCAUCUCAGACCCAGACGUCAAUAAAAAACACAAAAACGUCAGUGCAGUCUUCAGACCUCCUGUCCUCAAACUUGCCCCAGACUCUCCCGUUAUUAUCUCCUUUCCUGCCCCCACAUCAACACUCUCAUCAUGACUCAGCGAGUAAUUUCAAUUCACCUCCCUUUCCUUCAAAUUUACAACCUCCCUCCCAGCCAUUUCGCCUCUGCAAUGCUUGUGCGUCUCUCCUCCUGAGGGACAGGACAAAGGAAGAUGGAUCUUUGAGACACACACAUGAAUGCUCUUUUUCCACAUCCGCACCCACACCUCUUCAACUUGCUCGGUCUCUUCCGGCCAUACUGACUCCUUGUUUGACGUCAACCUCUCCCCACUCAUCGAACAAUCACGUAACCCAGGUGGCUCCAACAAUGUGUCUUUCCUCCUCAUCAGGAAGUUUAUUUAAGAGUGGAGAUCUUACCUUUCUUGACCAGUGUCUUCACCACAUUGUCAGUCGCAGGAUUAGCUCCCCUACUCUCCCUGCUCAUCAUAUCACAGACAGCGACAGAGAGGCAGGGGGUAAAACACCAUCAAUAUUUCAGCAUAGAGACAGGAAAAGGAGUCUGGAUGCCUCACUCUGCACUAGACCUAAUAUGGACGGGACUCUGCUGUUUCCACCGUAUGACAGUGAGGGCAAACGAGACCCACCGGUAGGUCAGAGAGGAAGGUGUCAUGUAGGCUAAAUGCACCCUUAGCAGCUCUUAUUAUUCUGCCAGCAGCUUUCCUCCUCCAGCAACAGACAGUGACAAAGGCAGCAAGUCCUACCUAAUCAGAUAUGAGCUUAGGCUGUGUUUGAAAUGAGUUCAGCUGUAACUAAGCUGCAGAGUGUGGCAGUGAAAGGAAUAUUGUGCCUGCACAGUUUUGGCUUUGUUGCUUGUGAAUCAUUAAUACCAAACUUCCCUUUUACUACUUUGGUUUGCCUUAUCCUCGCCUGCCAAAGAAUUGUCCAUCUUGCUUUUCACCUACCCCUGCCUUUUCACGUCAAACUGUUCAUUUCAACCUUGAGCCUGAUUCAUAGAAGCAAAAUAACACACCAUUAUGUCACAUUAUCUUUCCAGACAGUUUCAGCUCCAGCUACGCCGGUCCCUGCACUGCACCAGAGUAGACAGACAGCACAGAGCUUCCCGGCCGCAGCUCCGACUUUACAGCCACAGCUUACUGCCCAGCCCAGCCAGGAGCAGGUACUGCGUACAUCCAGCUGCACUAAAAAUAAUCAAAAGCUUUGUACAGGGCCAAAAGCUUCAGCCCCUCCAGAGCUGCCUUCCAUGUUGGUAUAAGCAUGUUUUUCUGUGCAGGCUGCGCUGGUCGGAACUUAACAUAUUUUCCUUUCUGUUGACUUAGCGUGUCUGGAAUGCGGUAUAGCUACAGUAUGUGUAAACUGUAUUAAGACUGGGCAGCUGUAUACUUAUAGUAAUUACAGCUCCAGUGCUUGUUUGGCUCUCAGAAUGACUAUUUGGGUCAUGAACACUAAAUGUGAAGUAGUAAAUAUUCCAGGCAGAAAAUUCAUGUGCAGUUCAAAGACGUCUCUCAUCUGAAAACACUGUAUUUAGGAGGUGUGUGUAGGUUUAAGUGUGCUUUAAAAGGUCUCAUCAUGCGCUUUUAUAUUCACAGUAUGUAUAUGUGUUUGUGUUGUGUGUGUGGAUGCAAAUGUAUAUUCAUGUUUUUGUGCUUCCUUCAUAUUUAUUUGUCAUCCCACUAGAACCAUUUCCAGCCAGCAGCAGUUCGACCGCAGGUAUAGCCAUCACCUCUUAUAGGUUAAUACAGGAAUCAGUGUUUACAUGUCAAACCACACAGGGUCACUCAGUCGCAAACCUGCCUCGCAGCCCACUCUCAUGAAGGCGGCUCCCAGACUUAAACAUCUUGACAAAAUCAAAUUCCCACACUCCAAAAAUGAAAAAUAAAAGUGUUUGAUUUCUUUUUUUUAGGUUUUAUCGACUGAGCAGACCACCUCUCAUCUGAGUCCUCCUGACAUGGCAACCAGUUUUGCGCAGACAGUCUCCAGCGCUCCUCCUCCUCCGCUCCUGCCUCUGCAGAUUAGUACACAGGUAUGUUCUGGCAGUGAGAGAAAGUCCAAAUCAAACCAAAGUAGAGAGAGAAUUUCUAAUAACCUGCUAUGGCAAGGUAAAUUUAUGCGUAUUGCAAAUUUCACCUCACACAAAGAAAAGAAAGAGCCGAGAAAAAGUUCUCAAACAAAUAGCAAAUUAAAAAGUGAAGAUGUUGAUAAAAUACAGAGUGCAUAAAUUAACUAAAAAUUAAAUUAAUAUCAGGAGCAAUUUAAGAACCUUUAAAAGAGAUUCAAAUGUAUGUAGACCAAAGAAUAAGAGCAAAUUAAAAGUACGUAAAGUACGUAAAGUAAGUCCAUUCAAGGGCAUGGAAAAACAGAGAGGUCUCUCACCUGGAUUAAAAAAUGAUCGGGUCACUCAUUCAGGGCCUGUGUGAAUGCUUUUUUCUCUCCACUGGUUGUCUUGCUUUGUUUGUUUUAUAUCAUUUUCCCCUUUUCUUUCCCAGUUUUCCUCCCCAUAUCCUGUUGUUCAAACAGGAGGCAUCAACCCUGCUUCCUUCCCCCCAGGUCCUCUGCCUUGUGCCUACAGCAGCAGUGGCCCUCCUAUGUCUAGCCCUCGCUUCUCACCUUCACCGCAGCACCCCUCCCUUCCUCUGACCCCUCACGCUUCCUUUCCCGCCGCACCCUCACUCGGCACCCCUCAGACCCCUCUGUCCACACCUCAGCACGUGCCCAGUAUGGCACUCCAUAUCCCACUACUCACAAUGACCAUGCCCACUGCAGUCCCCCAGCAGCAGGGCGGCCCUCCCACAUCUCAGGCAAACCUUGGUAGCUUCCAUACUGCACAUCCUUUACCUCUCGCCCAGGUACAACCCACCCCAUACCCCGUCCCCCACCCUGAGCAGGAACUGGCUGAGCAGCCUGUCCAGGUGAAUAUGUAGUAUUAAAGUUGCAAUGUGUGCAUUUUGUUGGAGUACUGCAUGACAGGCAUGCGUUCAGGGUUUAGUGGGAGUAGUAAUAUUUGUGUUUGACUACAAACUGUUCCUAAAAUUGUUUUUUUUUUUUUAGGUACCAGCUUCAGUACAGCCUGUGCUGCCUGCUGUUCAGACUUCUCUCUGGGGAGGUGGAGUAGAUACAGAGUCGAAAACAAAUGUCCAGGAUUUACCAGGACUACCACCAAGAACAGCUUCAGUCUCAGACUCAAUCACAGUCUCAGCCGCUGAAAAAACUGGAGCUCAAGCCCCAGCACAAAACCAACAAGUCCGAAUUACUGAGACCUCGGUUUCAAGCAUUGCUAAACCUCUAACCCCAGCCCCCAUGCAAGUCCCGAUGGCAGCCCAAGCUCUCAUCACAGAUACGGUUCAAGCACCAGUCUGUGUAUCAGACCCGGCUAUUGAGCCAACAAAAGGCCCGCUCUCUAGCUCAGACACAUCUGGCUUAGCCUCAGGCCCGGUCCCUGUCCAAUCAGCAACCAGUGCCAAAGCUCCAGCUUCUGUCGCAGCUUCAGCCCCGGCUCCAGCUCUGCAGCCUGAUGGCACUCAGACUGCAGGCUCAGUGUCUGAGUGUGCCAGCCUGGCACCGACUCAGCAAAACCUGGAGUCCACCUCAUCCACAUCCAGCACUUUUCAACAGGAGCCCUGUGUUGAGGUACUGAUCCAGAAAAAGUUAGACUGUGCUAUCAUUACAUCAUUAUAAUGAACAAAUAUGUUUUUACCCAGAUGCAUUUUUAGUAAAAGUUAUUAAUCAUACUGCAUUGGUGAGUAGGAAAGCUGUAGAUCAGCGGAUACGUCUGUUAACAAGCUAACAUUGUCCUGUCAGAGAUGUGUCAGUGUACUCACAGUGUUUGCUGAACAUUUUCAGGGAACAGAACAUAUCAGAAAAGAAAACAGUGCUUAACAUUUAUCAGAAAGUUGUCUCUGUCAUUGAUCCAACUCUAGUGUUUACUGUGUCUUUGACACUGUCUGCAGCACAUGCAGAAUCGCACCAUAGUGCAGCAAUAGGUUGGCUGACAAAGCCCAAAAAAAUUAAUAUCUUUUAGAUAUUUAGUUAAUACAGUAUUUUUUGUUUGGGGCAAAUCAGGAGCUAAGCAUGUGAGUUAUAUGAAAGUUUUCAUCUCAGCUCCAAAAAUGUACAAAAUCAGCAGCUGUAUAUUGUGCAGUCUGUGGUUAUUCCUUUGAAACGGUGUCUGUAUGAGCUCAAAAACCCUAUUUUAACCAUGCUUUAAGACAGCAUGUUUAAGUCAUGCCCUUCAAAAACAUUCACAUCAGUUAUAUGCCCACACUAAAAUGACCCCUCACUGCCUAUAUUACAAUGACUGAGGUCAUCUAACUAUAUCACAUUUGAUCCUCUGUCUGUUUUCAGGAUGUUCUGCAGGACAAGCCUGUAUCUUUACCCAGUUUUGCAUAUGACAGGUUUGUUUGAGUUUUCACCCACAUAUCUUCAUAGAUAUUCUCUUCUCUUUGAAAAAUGUGACACCAUCCAAGUAAUUAGAAAGUUCUUUCAACUUUCCCUUUUAUAGUCUCAACUCUGAUGUAGCAUCUGGUAAGGAAACAAGUGACGGCUACGACAGCUUGGUGAGUGCAGGGAAGGGGGAUGGAAAACCCAGGAAACACCACCGCAAGUCUGCCCGAACACGCUCCCGACAGGAGAAGACCAGCAAACCCAAACUGAGCAUGCUCAAUGUGAGCCGUGAUGUUAUUUGUAAGGAUAGAUAGUAUAUCUUCUUGAAAUCUUGCUGUGUCUGAUGGUAUCCUCUGACCCCUCAGGUUUGCAACACUGGAGAUAAAAUGGUUGAAUGCCAGCUGGAGACUCACAACCAUAAAAUGGUGACAUUUAAAUUUGAUCUGGACGGAGAUGCUCCAGAGGAAAUUGCUACUUACAUGGUUGGUUCAACCUGAUGCGGUUUUGCGGCUUUUGCAAUUUGUUGGCCAUAUUGAUAACAGUGGUUAACAUAUUGUAAAACUUUAUGCCUGCAGGUAGAGAAUGGCUUCAUCCUGCUGCUGGAGAAGGAGAUGUUUAUCGACCAGCUGAAGGAUAUCGUGGAUAAAGCUGAGGACAUGCUGAACGAGGACAUGGAGGGUGAACGGGCCUCUACUUUGAGUCGUAGUCCUCAGCAAGGCCUCAUUUCUGAGGGGCUCGUAGGGGAGGUAAAGUACCUACACACUGUAUACAGAAACAUACCACAUGCUGGUACAGAGAUUUAGACAUGAACUGAAUGGCUCCAGAUAAAUAGAAACAGAGGGAUGAGUGCGCAUUGACUUCGAUCUUUCUGUCCCACUGCAGAGUCAGCAGCCUGGAGCACCUCAGCCCGUCUAUCAGCAGAAUGGUAAAACUGUUAUCUCAUUUUAACAUGUCUCAAUAUAUAUAUACUCUGCAUGUUUUAAGUUUAUUUAUAAGAGAGUGCUAACUGUCUGAACUCUGGGGUCACAGUUCUCCACACAGGAAAGAGAUGGUUCAUAAUCUGCCCCGUUGAGGAGACACCCGCAUCCAGCCAGGACACUCCGUCUGAUGGAACAACCACACAGUCUCCUGGGAGUUCAACCACCACCCAGCCAGCUGACAGCGGCACAGCAAGGCCGUCCACGUCCAGAGGUGACUUUCGUUUCUUCAGAAGAAUGAAACAAUAGCACCACCUUGUGGCAUUUAAACAGACAUCUGACAAACCCCUACUGCAUGCAGGUUCCAUGAAAAGAAGUGACGUAUAAAAGUUGAUCCAGUUUUAAAUUGUAAAACCAUCAUUUGUUUUUAAUCUCUCAUUUGUCCUUUACCAGAAGAGGGGUCAUCCUCCACGAUGUCUGGAGGAAGUGGAGGCUUCACCUAUGACGUGUAUGGAUUCUGUAGUCCUCCAAUCAUGUCCAACACAGACCCUCUGCUCUUUGCCACUCUGUCGCCCCCUGUGUCUGCUCCCCCCACCCUCCAAUCAGUGUCAUCAGCGGAGCCUGCAGGUACCGCGGUGCAGCCCAGCGUUCAUCAGGCACAGCCAGUCAGAGCCCAGACUUCGUCCCCACAUACAGCUUUCCCAGUCGAGGAGUCACAGGGAUCCCCUAUGGGCUCCGUCUCCCCAAUCCACGCAGUUCUGAAGCUUCCUGAAAUGACUUGUCCCGUGUCAAUGGCAGAUGAGGUGCCCUGCUGCCCCCUGGUCAUGCCACUGUCACUGGAUGUGAGUGGUCUACAGGCAGGGUCUCCUCUCACUCCUCUUCCACUCCAGGAAUCCGGUUCAGCCAAAGAGCCGCUUUCGGUCUCUUACACAUCAGCUGCACGGAGCGAGCGCCCACAGCAGCCUGUGGUGCUCCACCAGCCUUUUUCCAGUGUUGGGGGGACCAAAGCACCCUCACUACCCCAGAGCCCAGCCCCGUCUCAGCAUGGUGCUGGGCCAGCCGAGACAGAGGGGGAAGGACGACUGGGCCGCGGCGGCUUUGUGGACAGCACUAUAAAAACACUUGAUGAGAAACUAAGGAACUUGCUUUACCAGGAAUACGCCCCGAUGUAUCCAUCAGGCAGUGCUGCAGAGACCCCCGGCUCCGGUACCGAGUACAUCCAGUCUCCUCCUGGUCCAGACAGCGCCACAGGAGGGUCAGGAAACAGCACCCCAGGACCCAUGGGGGAGGGACGCUACAGGGCAGGAGAACAGCUGGUAAGACUUAUAAGUAUCUCAUUAUUUAACUGUUUACAUGUUUGUGUUUGUUUUCACAAACAGCAGCUGAUAAAAAAAAAAUCAUGAAACAAAGUUUGUUAGCCUGUGUCUCUGAACUUUGGAGUUAUAUUGAACAAUUGUCCUCAACAGGUUUUUAAAUGUCCAAUCUGUCCCAUUAAGAGCAUCUGGAGUAAUCCUCACCGCAGUUUGUUCAUAUAUGAGUUUAGGUUUUGCACCGGGCAAAAUAUUUUUCCCAUUUAGAGCUGUGAAUUAUGUGUAAUUAAAUGGUUUUGUUUUUAAAGGUUAUGCCAGUUUUUCACAAGAAACGCUCAAGAGCACAAGAAACUGCAAACAUGUCACAUUUAGUGCUUAUUUUAAAUCAACUUUUCUUUACAGUGGAGGCAAUGUUAGCAGCAGUAAUUGCUGAAAUUAACACAUUUCGUUGAAGAACUUUUGUUGUUUGAUGCUAAGGAACACUUUGAAGUUUUAAGAGUGAUUUUAUGACAAACUGGGCAGCCUAAGUUUAACCCAUGUACUGUUAGAUAUUGUGAUAGAUAAUUGGUGGGACAUCAGCACCAAUAUUCAGUCUGAAAAAAUCUAACAAGUGCAUGAUCAAUGGUGUUUGUGAAGCUGAUCUUUGACUGUUCUGCAUCUCCUUUCCCGUCACCUCAAACAGCCUCAAAUCCCGGAGAGGAUGGAUAGUUUAAGCACGCUGAGUGACUCAGCAGUAUGUGGUAUGUACAGCAUUCACUUAUCAGUGACACAAGACCAGCACCAUUACCAUCAAACUAAAGUUUCUGUUAGCUUUUUACUGCAGCGCUGAAGUCUUCAUUUUGUUAAAUGUUGCAGCAUCCCUGUCAAGACGUCAUGUUCCUCACUCUGCUUCCUGCUCUGGAACAAGAGGCCGAUUUAAGGUACCAAAGAGAAACUUUUUCAGGUUUGAAGGGAAAGAGGGGUUUCCUAGUUGCUGUUGUUGAACUGGAUUUAUUUUUUUUGUUUUGUUUUGUUUUUCAGAUAAUCUCUGUUCCCCCAGAGGUGGCCAACAGACGCGAUGUGAAACAAAGGAGCUGGAGCAGCGCUGCCUCCCCGGCACAUCCUGCUGAAUACAUUGAAGACCUCGCUCAGGCUGAAGCCAUGGCUGUCUCCACCACAAUUGGCCGUUUCUCUGUGAUAAGCACAGAAGACGAUAUAACACAGAGGACACGCUGCAGCCGCUACUCAGCCCCUCCAGAUUUCUACCUGGACACGCCUCCUUCCAUGGCCAAGCGGGGCUCCCUGCCUCGUGCUUUGACUUCGAACUCCGUCCCUGUGGAUGUCACGGUCCACGCUCGCUUCCUCUCCUCAGACUCUGGGGCUGAGAGCAGCCCCGCUAAGAUGGCUUCUGCCACCCCGUCUCGACAUACUCGCUCUGAGCGCAGAGGGAGCGACCUCAUGAAGAGGGCAGUAGCCUUCCUCCGUCGCUCAGGGCGCAGCAGCAGCUUGCAGAGCUCUGACUCACCGAGCAGGCAUGGAGGCGUGCCUGGUUCGGCCUAUGCCAGCAGUGAUAAUGACUCUGAGAUGGAGGAUUCAGACAUGAAGAGGGAACUACAGAGACUCAGGGAGAAGUUAGUACAGACACCAGUUUGUCUUUUACUUUAUUAAGUGUAUAUAACCAUUAGAAUAUUUAGUGACAAGAUGUACUUCUGCCUCUCUUUCCUCAGACAUCUGAGAGAAAUCUCUGAGCUGCAGGCCAACCAACGAGGGGAAGUGGAGCUGCUGUAUCGUCGUCUUGGUAAAGCUCCUCCUGCUGGCUUGGGUCUGUCACACGUUGCACCACAAACUGGCCGCAGGAAAAGGUCCAGCAAGCACAGACUGAAGCCCGGCAAACUUCUCAGUCCUCUGGUUCAACAGUUUAGAAACGUCACCACCAAAUCAAGUGACUCUAGCAAAUCCAGUGAGCAACUUGUCACAAACUCCGCAGUCGAACAUAAAACGAUGACAGCAGGAGCACUAAAUGUAUUAUUCUGCUGAUUGUGUGUGUUUUCAGACGCCGCGACGGGAGCGGGCGAGCCUGCCGUAAGUUUAAAUGGCUCUCCAGCUAAAGCAUCUUUCCCCACACAUGGCAGGGCACGUUCUUGCACCAGCCACCUGCCCAGUUCCACCUCAGAGCCGGUUCAGACUCAGCAGCCCUGUUCUCUAAAAGGGUCUUUGUCAUCUGAUAAUAUUUACGCUGGUCCACAUGGAGAUGGCACCGGCACACAAGCUCCUGUUGGACAAGGUGACCACCAGCAGUACACUACGUAUCAUCUUAUUAGCGUAACAGUCUUUGAUAAAUUGCCUGUGAACAUCUCCGUAGAGAACUAGUUUAAAGGUCCCCUAUUAUGGAAUUUUUUAAUCAAGUUUAAAUCGGUCCCAGAGGUCCCACAAUUGAAGUUUGAAGUUUGUUGUCUAAAACUCUAGUUUAUUUGUGUAUAACAUCCAGUCUGUACCCCCCCUCUUUUUGGGCUCCACUGAGAACGGGCUGAUUCUGCGCCUGUACCUUUAAAUGAUAAUCAGCUGUGUGUAAACAUCUUCCUCCCCAAGGCCACUCUGAGCUGCCAGCACCACCGCAGUGGUCCAGGAGCAGUGGUCUGGAGAUCUUCUGAGGAUCUCUUCAGAGGACCUCCAGACCACUGUGGCUCGAAGCACCAGGCUGCCCCGGCGCCCCCGAGAAACACCCGCUGCUCACAGGAAUAAAAGUAAAUAGAAGCGAGUCUGAAGACAAAUACCAACGAUGGUAAACACACACGAUUGCAGCCAAAGCACUAGUCAUACAGGUAAAGAAACAUAAAAUGGUGAAACUUACAGCUUCCAUGUUUGAAGUUAGGUCCCUGACACGGACAGUCGGUACAGAUCCAGGUUUUAUCUUCAGCUUCUUUGCGAAUUCUGCUUUGAACUGCCCCUUGUUGGUAAAACAGUCUGUAGUGAAAUGGUUAGCACCAUAGACUGUAUAUAAGAUGGACACCCUGGUUCCGCCUUCCGCCUGUAUAUGGAUUUGAAGCCAAAAAGCUCUCGGUAAUUCCGGGUUUUUCUCCACUUCCUUGAAACCAGAGCUGUGCAGUAGCGUUGUGCGCAUUCGGCCGCGCAGUCGCCGAGAGUCCCUGUGAUGACGCUCGGCUCAAACAGCGUAUCCCCCUGGAGAGCUACGCAAUCCCUGAACGCCCAUAGGCUGUAUCAGGUGUCAAUCAUAGAACAUGAACCCCUAAUAACUUUUAAAAACGGAGCUUCACAGAAAAAAGAGGACUUGAGCACAAACCAGUCUUACAGUAACUACAUGUCAACAUCACAAGCAGGGGGGAGAAAAAAUUGUGUUUUGUGUAAUAAAUUUCUAAAGUUUGUCCACAGCGCCAUAAGCUUUGCUGGCGGAGGUGGGAUUUAUGACCUGUACUGCAGCCCACCAUCAGAGGGUGCUGUUCUCGGAGUGGCUUCACCCAGCGAGGAGGCAGACUCUGUCCAUCUUAUAUGCAGUCUAUGGUUAGCACACAUAUACAACAUUUUCGGAAUUGUUGUGGGUUCAUUUCCAUCAAAAAUAAAAUUAACCCACUGGGUCCUCAAAUCUUCAGACGAAGGAAGCAGAAAUAGACUCCUGUCUUCGUUUGUGCAGCCAAGAACCAAGCAGCGGCUGGGUCGUAGCUUCGGCAUGGUUGCUGUAGCGGAGCGGUGUAUGCGAGGGGGAGAAAAUAGCGGACGCUACCUGAGCGAAGAUGUUUUAGAGGGCUGGGCUAAUGAUUAUCGGGGGCGCUGCCACCAACAUUUAGGAGGGGCUUAAGCGGUUAUGUCGUCAUAACCACACAGCUUUUCCACUCUCCUGUUUGCGCGCAUGUUUUCAGAAAGGAGGGGAUUUGAGGGGAUGCAUAUUAUUGGUAGAAAACCACCCAACAGUGGAUUUUUCAUAAUAGGGGACCUUUAAAAAGCACCUUUUUCUGCUGUAAUGAACUUUUAAACAGAUGUGUGCCCUGCUUACCCUGGUGACUUCUUCCUUCUUUGGUUGUACUUCUCUACAGGCUGGUCUAAUUACCCUCAAACAUCUGAGAGAGUGACCAAUAAAUCGAGUAGCAAGCCGCGAGCUAGAUUUCUCAGUGGGCCUGUGUCUUUGUCUAUCUGUUUGUAUCCUCUCUCUUCCAGCAUAGCUUCACUUUUUGGUUUUCCAUACUUUAUAUUUCCGUGGUUUAACCUCACUGAUAUCUUUUCUUUUCUGUCUUCGCCAAACUAUUCUCCAACACAUUUCUUUUGCUCCGCAUUGUCUCUGUCACUUAUCGCCCCGAUCUGGUAUUUUUGCUCAUACAGAAAUAUGUUGCUUAUUCAAACCGUUGAAGGGUGAAAUUUAUUGUGAAGAAAUUGAGAUUUUGAUUAAUUGAAUGAUUUCUUUUUCAAGUUUCAGACAUAACUUUGUUUAAAGAAAGUAGCUCUAUUUAAUAUUUCAUAAUUUUGAAACUUUCAUCUGAAGAGAUGUCUUGUUUUACAAGUUUGAGGUUUGGAUAAUCAAGGUUGCCUUCAAUAGUAAUGAGCAUCGUCUUACAUUUCAAGUGUGUUAUUUGCAUACAUACAUUCACAUUUUUGUAACUUAUUCACCUGGCAUUCUGGAGAAAUUGACUUUUGCAUGCAGCUUGCACCCAAACCUGACUUCUUAUCUCUGAUCUUUUCUCAAUCUCUUUCUCUCAUCUUUUGCUCUCUUCCUUCUUCUUCUCUAUUUCUUGAACUCUCUCACUCUAAAUUUUGAUCUCCACCUGGACCAACUGCAUGUUUCCGUGGAGAAAGCACUGCCUUGUUUCAGGGGACUGAUUGCAUUGCUACUUUACUUUCAGUUUGGUCUUUUGUUUUGUGGCAAUCUAUAGUAGCUUUGCUUUGCACUGCAUCCUGUAAUUCAUCAUUAUUAUCUGAUAAUGGACCAGCUUUUUCGGCUUAAAGUCUGCUGUGUCUUACAGGGACAACGCUGAAGCGACUGUGUCUCGGCAAAGAACGUGGCAGCAGUAUGUAGAAAAACAGAGCUUGUUAAAAAUCUAUUAUUUUAAUUUGUAUGUCUGUAUGAAAAUCAUGCCAUAAUAUGUGUUCAUUCAUUCACUCUCAGGGUCUGGAGCCAGCUCAGGGGCUUCCAAUCAACAACCACCCAUGGGUGCCACGCCUCCUCCUCACCAGCCAGUGAUGGGACUGGCUCAGGCUCAGGCGAACAACAGCAACAAUAAAACAGCCACAUAUUCGGGUCAUUCUGCACGUGAAAAUGAAAUCAACCUGCCAGAGGAUCUGCAGCGGCUGAUGGAGGACUGGGCCCAGGAGGUCCUUAUCGUCACCCACCGGCCGGAGACGGACUCUCUGAGCAUCAGUGGGCAGCAGCUUUGGGAUCAUGUUGUGCCUCGGACACAAGAGCAACUGGCCAGUGGUUCAAAUGUUAGUUUCAUAAGAGUUAAAAACAAGUUUUGGUGAAUGAUGAACCGGUGGGUAAAAGUAUGAGGUCAUUUAAAGGUGGGUCCGGCAGGAAUCCGUUAAAGAAGCAUCUUUUUUGUGGUGUAUUUACAAAAAAGAUUUUAAUAUCAGUCAAUAGCUAUUAGUUAUUAAUGACAUUUGGUAAUAUAACAAUAUCGCUGUGUUUCGUUAUGUCUGUGUAGUCAACAUUUUGAAUUUUUUGAGCGCUCUGCUCUUUCUGACUGUAAACAAAGCCAUUCUCCGCCUCCUUGACGUGAUUGGUUGUGAGGCAGACGCUGCUCCCCGUGUUGUGAGGCACACUCCACGUCCUCGAAUAACGUUCAUGAGCCCAAACAAAGUUAGCGUGCUACAAUAUCGGACAGUAGAAACCAACCAGAAAGUAUGGAAAUUUUUCUGAAUCCUCCUUUGGCCACGACUGCCAACACAAACAAGAAUAGGAAGUAAAUACCAGAGACUUUGGCAGAAUAACGGGCGCUUAAAAUGCUGGGAAAGAGCUAAAAAGCCGGGUCAACAUAGCAUGAACGAUGGGGAACUCUUCGGGAUCUUACGGACCCUGUAACCUUUCUGCUGGACAGGUAAACCGCUUUAACAAAGUAAGCCAAAUGUAGCAGAAGUGUUUCUUGUCAAAUGGACCUGCUGCAUGUUGAAGCACCACUAAACUGUUGACCUCGGGUCCAGGAAUAUGUCACUUUAUCCUAGUUGUAGAAGUUCUGCAAACAUUGUGUUUGCUGGUAGUCUGUUGGCAUCUAAAGUAGCACCAAUGCUGUUUACUUUCACGUUGAAUGGACCCCAUUUGUAAUCAUCUGAAGUAUUUAUCUGCAUUAUAUCUGAAUUUAAUUGAAACGAUAGGAGCAAGCAGGAGUGUCUGUUUGUGGGCGGGGCUUACUGGAGCAGAGAAGGAGGGGAGAGGAGGAGCUGAGGGGAAAACUGGUUAGGAGGGGUAGUGUUUACAUUCAAGAUUUCUCCCGAAAACUGGCACUUCCUCAGAUCCUGCCUACCCCACCUUUAACUCUUAAACAGGAACUUUUAGAGGCACAGCGAGGAGCUUAGUAACAACAUUAUUACAGCAUUCAACUUUGACCCCAGAGGAAAUAAGCUGCUGCAUGAAUAAUUUGAAUAAUAUCACAUCAUUGUUGGUAUUUUGUACAUGCAGGAAAUCACUGUUUCAAAGUUAAACAUCGUCUCCCUUUUGUUUCUUUCUCAGGUAUCAUCAUGGACAGCCCCCGGUCCAGAGGCCUGCAGUCUCCACCUGUCAUGGUUGGACAGCCCAGGGUCAACAAUGACUUGUCCCUCCACAGGGCCUCAUACUAAUUAUCAGCUGACCUCCCCCUCUCCGUUCAGGGCAAUGUCCUCACAUGUCUCUAUUGGUCAGUGGCCUGGGUUUCUGUCCCCUCUUCAUCCAGGAGUCUUCGCCUUUCCUGCUUUGCCCUCAACCCAGGAAUCCCCCAGCCCCAUGCCAGCUCCGUCAUAUCAGCCCCCUGACCCCAAAGCAAGGACUCUCUAAUCUGAGUAGCAUUGUGUCUUCCACUUCUUUUACCAAAAAGAAAUCUCAUUAUAGGUCUAGUCAAUCUUCUGUGCAUAUACUGUAUAUAUUUAACCAGCAUGAAUUCAUGUACAUAUUUGUCCCCGUUCAUGACUUUCAUGCAUUUGUUUCAUUUGCAUCAACAUACCUCAUGUCCAUAUUAUAAUACAAAAUCCUUGAGUGCAGUGUAACGAUAGUAGUACAUUAAAAGAUGUAUACUUAGCCCAGUUGGGUUUAAAAAUGCAGAUUUUUGUCAUUGCUUAUAUAUGUACCUCUCAACUCAUUGAAUGUACAUACUGGACUGUUCAUUUAUGCUGUGUUUAUAGAAGUCUGUGUUGCUCAUAUCACCCUAUUUAUUAGCUGCCCUGUGUAUAUAUGAAUUCCAGUUAGUCUGUACAUAGGAGCUCCUGUGUCUGUACAGGUAACAUUAGAUUAAUUCAUAGGUUGGUGCUGCAGAUGUGUAACACCCUAUUAGCUAUUAUCAUGCUGUCACUGUGAAGACUUAACAUCCUGGUCACUAGGACCAGCUGCUUUUUUCUGCUCUCUGUCCGAGGAUAGGUUUCAUUCUUCAUCGAUGAAAUGCUUCCAGCACAAGCGCUUGAAAUAAUCCUUAAGAGAUUUGAAUGAACUUGAACUUUAUCUUCAGGUGAAGGAACACCUGCGAGAGUGCCUUGAAUAUCAGUUUCAAUUUUAUGAAGAAAAGCAUUUAGAUUCAAAGCAGACACUAGAUAUUGUGUAUAUGCAUUCACUUUCAAAGGUAAACUAUUUGAUUUGAUUAAUGAAUGUGGACUGAGACAUAUUUGAUUUAGCAGCAAACAUAUUUAAACACGAUAAUAAUCCGGACGUGUUGCAGAUCAUGAGAUAUCACAGAUUGUAAAGAACACUUGUGGGUUCACCCUCUCCACCUGCACCACCGCCUGCAUGAAUACACUGAUAUUCUGAAUGUGCUCAGGUUGAUGUGGUGAGUUACAGGAAAUCGUUCAGAGAAAAAUGACAAUGGAACCAAACAACAAGGAGGGCUUAAGGACUCAACCUAUGAGUCAAAAUCAUGAUCAUACCAUACCUCGACUAAUGCAAUCUGUAGCUUUACAUAUUGUUGCCUUGUGGUUUUAAAGAGAUUACUGUGCGGAUGGCUGUCGUUUGAUAAACAUGGAUGAUAUGAGGAUGUAACAGGCACAUGAAGAUUGUGAAUCACUGGGAGGCCACUGUUGUUUGUAUGAUGCAUAGGUUUUCUAAAUCUUGUUUAUUAGAUAAACAUAAUGCUUAUUGUAGAUGCAAUGGCUGACUUAAUUUAAUGAUCUCCAGGAAACAUCACGCUAACCAAUGUUUGAGUCAUUUCAAAGUAACACUGUCACUUUGUUUUUUCUUUCUUUCUUUUAUAACGUACCUGACUCCCCCUUAAUCGUGUGUUGAAUGCAUCAGUCGCCUUGUGUUUUCUGCAAAACCAAGCAAUGGCAAAAAUCUAUGUAGUCAAGUUUACGGAACUAAAAGAGCUGUUGUGUAAGAUUAACUCAGUGCUGCUUAUCAUGAUACAUCCUGAAGAUAACAAAACCAUUGUUUUGACACAUCAGCACCCUGUAUUCUCCCAACUUGUGACCCUUUCAAUACAGUUAAAGGCUGAUGCAGCAAUUUCACAAAAGACUGAUUAUAAAAGUAAACCAGGAAGGCUUGAACUACAUUAUACCAAAAAUACAAUUCAGGAGUAUUUUUGAGAAUAUUUUCCGUCAGAGCUACAGAAGACAGAUCAGGAAGGAGUUAAAAGUACAACUUUGUAAAAUGAGUGGAUUGUUCCUCAAAAAUCCUUCUAUGUUUGCACAAAGUGACAAUCUUUUGACUCAAACUGAAUUGUAGAAGUUUUUCCAUGAUAACAUUGAGGACUUUUUUUUUUCUUGAAAUCAUCUCCUAUGCAGCUGUUUUUAAUGUACGUUUCACAUCAACCCCUGUCUUCAGUCUCUUCAGUGCUUGCAAUGAAAGCUUGGUGUAUGGUUGCUUUUGCCUGCUGUAUCACUUGUUCUCUUCCAUUUCCCAACCUUGUCUAAAUGAUACUCAUCCACAAAAGCUGUACAUACUUGAAGUCAGAAAUAAUAAAUUCAUUUUUGCUUGACACCAUACAA